AUGGUCCCGAGACAACCAAAGUCGCUGUCACCCCGAAGACCUCGCCACCCGCGAGAGGAAAGACCCCCGCCAAACGAAAGAGAAGCCGAUAGAGUUCCUUCGCCAAAAAGGUCAGUAAAUUCCUCUAAUUCAAGGUCUAAGGAUGCGGACCUCCCGUCACGUCGCUCACCAGGGAAAGGAAGCAGGAGAUCGCAGCUCCAACGGUUUGUGGACCAGGACACCGCCGUCGAGGAGUUGCUCCAAAGGGUGCAAGAACUGGAGGCACGACAAGGAGUUCGUGGCCAAAAUAGUGGCUACGGAGAACGGACGCCAUUCACAAAGGAAGUUGAACUCGAAGCUCUCCCCAGGAUAUUCAAGGUUCCGAGCAUAUCACAGUACAACGGAGAUAGCGACCCCUAUGACCACCUGGACGCAUUCAAUGUCCAGAUGGAUCUGCAGAUCACCAGCUCGCUGGUGAAGUGCCGGGUAUUCCCCGCGACCUUGGGCGACAUCCCGCGCGCCUGGCUCAGAAGCCUCCUGUCUCGCAGCAUUGGUAGUUGGGAAGAAUGCCAGCGGAAGUUCCUCAGGCAGUACAGAGCUCUGAGACGGCAGCUCGCCCCGCCGUGCCACCUCGCCACGGUCUUCCAAAGGUCGAGCGAGUCCCUCAAAGAUUACAUCGCCAAGUUCCGGCGCGAGGUGAGUAACGUCGAAAGUCCCUCGGAUGAAAGUAUCCUGACCGCCGUCUCGGCAGGUCUCAGGAAAGACGGGAAGCUCUACGAGAGCAUCUAUAAAUCCCCCGUUGCGGAUCUGGGAGAAUUCUAUGAACGAGGUGCAAAGGAGAUCCGGUGGGAAGAAGCGUUCGGGAAGAAGCCUGCCGGACAUAGAGAGGAAGUCGGAAGCUCUAACCGAGAUGGGAAAAGGAACGACGGGGGAAACAGAAAGGACAACCGAGGAGAGUGGUCUAACAAUCAGGUAGCCAAGCGAGCUCGGCGGGAAGAACAAGAGGACCGACCUCCGAGACAAGGCCGUUUCAACAACUAUACGGCCCUAUCAGAUUCUCAAGAAAGGAUCUUCGUCAUGGAAAGAAGAAGAGAGGAUUUCGGGAGGCCAAACCAGAUAAAAACUCCCAACAAGUUCAGAAAUAGGGAGAAGUUUUGUACGUAUCACAACGAGGUAGGGCACGACACCUCUGAAUGUUACGCUUUGAAGGAUGCAAUUGAAGAACUGAUUCGAAGGGGCGGGCUGCGAGACUAUGUGGUGCUACCUGCAAAUCAGCCACCACAGCAGGCGAAUCAACAACGACCGCCCCCCGAGGAUGAGCGCGCACCAGCAGUUCGGACGAUCUAUACGAUCCACGGCGGUCCUCACCUCGCAGGCACAUCGAACAGGUCGCACGAAAGGUAUGUACGCGAGGCUAAUCAUGUCCUAGUGGCAGGAUCUAACGAGCAGAUGGGAUCAUCAAAGCGAGCUAGGAUGGCAGUGAAGGAAAUCACUUUCUCCGAGGAGGACGCCAGGGACAUACACUGGCUGCACAAUGACGCCCUCGUCAUUCGCGCUCACAUCGGCAACAUGGAGGUGCGAAGAAUAAUGGUGGACACCGGCAGCUCGGUGAACGUGAUGAACAGGGCCUGUUUCGACCAGAUGGGACUCGGGCCCGAACAGUUGGGCCCAUCCCCAGAGCCACUUUUCGGCAUACAACGUCGUGCUCGGGAGGCCGGUGAUGAACGAGCUGGAUAUGGUCACCUCGACCAGAGCGCUGACCGUCAAGUUUCCAACCACCAACGGAACUGGAUGCGUGCGGGGAGAGCAGCACCUCGCAAGACGUUGCUACGAGGACGCGGUCAAGAUGGGGACCAGAGGAAAGAAAGUAAACGUGGUCACAGAGGGAGCGCAGCGACCUUCAAGUCGGAGCGGGUGAGUUACGACCUGGAUCCCAGAGAAGUGGAUUGCGACAAGGCCACCGGCCCAGUGGAAGAACUUGAAGAGGUCCCGAUCAGCGAGGUGGACGCUGAAAGAUGCCUGAAGCUCGGGAAGAAUCUGGCCCCCGAGGUAAAACGCCAACUUAUUGAAUUCCUUAAGACUAACCUAGAUGUGUUUGCGUGGAAUCACGAAGACAUGGUGGGGAUAGCACCGGAGGUCAUGUCGCACAGACUCAACAUAGACCCCAGCUACAAGCCGGUGCGCCAGAAGAGGAGACCGAUGACUCCAGAACGCUACGCCGCCCUUAAAGAGGAGGUGGAUAAGCUCCUGGCUAAUGGGUUUAUCAGAGAGGCUCACUACCCAGUCUGGGUAGCCAACCCAGUGCUGGUAAAAAAGAAGAACGGGAAGUGGAGGACCUGCGUCGACUUCACCAACUUAAAUAAAGCCUGCCCGAAGGACAGUUUCCCCCUCCCAAGAAUUGACCAGCUCGUGGAUGCAACAGCGGGGCAUCAGCUCCUCAAUUUCAUGGACGCCUACUCGGGAUACAACCAGAUCCCCAUGAAUCCUAAUGAGGAGGAACACACGUCGUUUAUCACCGAUCGCGGGCUAUACUGUUAUAAGGUCAUGCCGUUCGGGUUGAAGAAUGCUGGGGCGACCUACCAGAGACUUGUGAACAUGAUGUUCGAAGCGCAGAUUGGGAAAACAAUGGAGGUAUACGUUGACGAUAUGCUGGUUAAGUCUGAGCAGGUCGCAGAUCAUGUUCGUAAUUUGGGAGAAACAUUCAAGAUCCUCAAGAGCUACAAUAUGAAGCUGAACCCACUAAAAUGUGCAUUUGGGGUGGCUUCCGGGAGGUUCUUGGGAUUCAUGGUCAACAGCAGAGGUAUCGAGGCCAAUCCAGAAAAAAUAAAGGCCCUUUUGGAUAUGAGGUCGCCUGUAAGAAUGAAGGACGUGCGGAGCCUAACCGGCCAGGUCGCUGCACUAAGCCGAUUUAUCUCCAAGGCAACCGACAAAUGCAUCCCUUUCUUCAAUACGUUACGAAAAGCCCAAGGUUUCAGUUGGAGUGAGGAGUGCGAGCUCGCCUUCCAGCAGCUGAAGGAGUAUAUGGGGUAA